AUGUCUUAUUCUUACGAAAAAGAACAAGAAAGGUUACUAUGCCUGUUUGAGGAAGUUCCAACUCCUUCCGCAUCCGAGGUAGCAGAUGAUGAUCAAAGUCUACAAGGUGACAAUUUAGAAACACUCGAGUAUGACACAAACUCUGAAGAGGAUAUUCCAGUCACUGACGAUGUCCAAGAUCACGUUACCGUACAACCAGCAACACGGGUGCCUUGCCUUAUUGGAAAAGAUGGUACGAGAUGGAAGAAACAUCUUGGAUUGAAGCGUAACAUUCGAACUCGGCAAGAAAACCUCUACAUACAAUUACCAGGUCCCUGA